UGGCGCCAAAAAGUUUAUAGAAGGCAACUUAAAUAUAGAAGAAAGAAGGAGAGAAGUCUACGAAAUGGCGAGGGAGCCUUCAAUCGCCCAGCCACACUGUUGGUUGGAAAGCCGGGAUUACUAGGUGGCUUCUUCAAUGCUCCUCAUCACCAUCCAUCAUAUUGUUAUUAUACUUUUCCAACCCCAACGAACCAAUGUUCAGCUUUAGUUUACAGGUUUGGCGGUUGGUUUGAAGGCACAUUCAUCUCCACUCUCUAAUGGACACAAAAGGAAAGAGAUCGAUGAUGUCUGACUAACCCCACAG